AAUCAGUCGCGGUUCGAGUCCCGCCGCGAGUGCACCUGCGAGCCGCGGCGAGUUCCGCCGAGAGCGCGACGAGAGCACAGGGCUCUUGCUUACCGACCCGCGGCGCGUCCCGAGGCCAGAGCACGGACCCGCGACCGGAUCCGGAAGUCGGACCCGCCGUGCCGGAAGUGACCCUCCUCGAGGGGAGACCCGUCGACGCCGAGGAGCUGCAGACCUCGAGAGCGAGCCCCGAUCGGCCGGCUCGGCUCUAAACGGUCUAUUUAUUGUUUAUCUUAGCGCAGUCGGGUCGCACUCGCGCCGAGGCGAGACCCAUCCCCCCGUGGUCGGAGGGAGCGGGACGCCCGCCACCCCGCCGCCAGGAUGCUCGACUUCGAACAGCAGGCCAACCAGGCCCAGGCCCUGGCUUCCCUCGACGAGGACUGGCACCUGCUCGAGGACGCUAAGAUGCGACUUGAGGAAGACCUGGUGAUCCGCAGGAGCAGGCCGACCAUGAUCUCAGCGAAGUACCGAGCUCGGGAGGAGCGCCGCAGGCUCUUGAAGAUCUCCGCGGGGAAGCUGAGACGCAUCGAGGACCCCGAGGCCAGCCUCUGUCGCUCCGUCCUCAUCAACAACGCCGUCAGGCGCCUCCAGCGCGAGAACCGCGACGAGAAGGCCAGGAACUACGGAUUGCCGGUCGUCACCUAUCUCGACGACUCCGCCAAGGAGAACAACGUCUCCGGGAACAUGAUCGUCGGCGUCCCGGACAGCACCACGCCGCAGAGGAAAAGGUUGAGCGAGGAGAUCAGAAACGAGAGCCUGAGUCCGAAGCGGCAGAGGCACGAGGACCUGGACCUCCAGGACGACGUGUUCAGCGACUUCUACAUCCUGCCGCCGACCCCGAGGCUGCUGUCGCACAUAGACGAGGCCCCGGAAACGCAGCCGCCGCACGCGCCUCACCCCGCACACCCCACGCACCCCUCCCAUCCCCUGGGCUUCGCCGAGGACCGGCUGAGUCCGGGGGUCGAGAACCGCGGACCCGUCUCCGUCAGCUCGGGCCUCUUCGCCGACGACCCGAGCGAUCAGCUCGCCUCCGUUCCCAGGACGGCGGACGUGACGAUGAUGGAGGUGGCCGACGUGGGCUGCGACCCCGAGCGUUUCUGCGACUUCAGAUUCGCCGACUCGGCCAAGUCCCUCGAGGAGCGGCUCGUCGACCUCCAGGCCCUGGACGAGCACUUCGACCUGGCCAAGUUCGAGCGCAACAACAACCAGAGCUGCGGCCGCGCCUUCCACGACAUCCAGACCUUCCACAGCCUGGUGCCCGGCCUCGAGACCUAGAGGACUCCCUGUCGGCGUCCUCUUCUCGACUACCCUCGAAGCGGCGCCUCGGGACUGUCCUCUUCGGCAUCGAUGACCACCUUCGGACUCCGACGAGGUCGACCGGAGACCGAACCGACGAGCUCCUGCUGCAUCUAGAGGUCUUCGAGGCCUCUCUCGGUCGAGAACGCCCUGACCGGCUUCGAGGCGACCGCGAACGAGCACCCAGGACUCCUUGCGUCCCGCCUUGCUCGAAACUCCUCCUAGACGCUCCGGAAGAGAUAGGGAUUGUCCUCGACGAACCCUGCGAGAUAACGCGACUCGGUAUUCGAGGUGGGAGCCAUGCACCUUGCAAUUUGAUUCGAGCGUUCGGGGAGGGUCUCGAGCAGGGAGUCGCGGUCCGAGGUCGACGAAGGCUCGAGCGAACCCGAGGAACUCCUCUUCUGGGACUCGAAUCCGGGCAAUCCUGCCCUCGUCCACUUCCGGAGCCGAUUGCAUGUCCGCAGAUGUACGGACUCGAGGACGCUUCGCAUCCAUCGCCAAUGGAGUCGCGCGGUCGCGGCGACUCGUCUUCGAGGCCUCCAGGGGUCGGCUCGUAGCAUAAGGCCAAGAAUCGGUUCGAGCGGGAUCUCUUGUUGCCGGAAACGAGAGAGAGAUCUCGUUCGCACCGUUCCUCCUCGGUUCUCGAAUGUUGGAUAAGCUACGAAUUAGAACUCUGCGUGCCUCCUCGAAGGCGAUUCUUUUUUGUAAGCUCCGCGAGACCUCGCCGCCCGUUGGCGCACGCAACUCGAGUGUGACGAGAUACUCCACUCGCGUUAUAUCGCACUUCUUAUCCGUUAUCGGUUAUUUUUGCCGAUCGCGCCGAGAACGCAGCGGCCUGGCCUUCCAUUCUUCUAUUUUCUUUCUCCCCCCCGCGUAUCCGCCGCCCAGUAUCGCCGUUUUCUUUCCCCGUAGCUAAUGGCACGGCACGAAAUCGCGACCCGCGGAAACACCUGGCGCACUUGUGCCAAUAAUUGUACAGUACGUGGCCCGUGAGCCGGAUCCCCGUAAGGACCGGAUUCCGUGAGCCGGUCGCGCCAAUAUGAGCCUUACGGGACCUUCUCGAGAAACCCGGUCGGGGCAGCUCUUCCCGCUACCCACGCGGCUCGCGCCUUUUUCACGCAUUUUCUAUUUUCUCAAACACGAGGCGAGCGUCCGUCUUCGCGCGGGCACCUGGACCAUGCAUGGGUUCCGGGUGCCGCCUUGGAACGGCUAAAAUCCCGGCAUAUUUCUCUCUCUCACUUCGCGCCGCCACGCACGGUAUUACAUACGCGUGAUAUCGCCUCACGCGUCCAGAAGUUAUCCUUCGACUCGGCAAUGACUCUUUGCCAAGUAGCGGACGAGAUUUCAUUAGCGCUCAAUGGAAAGCCACGCCGUCGAUGCCGUACCAUUUUUUUUUUUCUUCCUUUUUCUUUUAAUCGCACAUUUCUCCGGCCUUUUCGGGAGGUCGCUUAGCUCGGGGAACGAGGGGACGCGCGGGGGCGUCGAUAGCGAUUGAUAAGGCCGUUCCCCGGGCUAUCGAGACCGCGGCAAAAGGUUGGAGAGAUCGACCCUCGACUCCUGGGGCGUUUGACGAGAGGAGUCGAGCCUGACCGACCGAUCGUCCGGCUCACCGGGUCGCCGUGGAAGUGUAUGUAUACAAUAUACAUAGUGUUUGUAUAUAUAGAGAUACUUUUUUAACGUUGACACACGAGAGGCGUCCUCGCCGAGGGGGAGGGCCGGGAGGGCGUAAUCGCGGGACGGCCUCGCGGUUUGUACAUACGAAAUCUGGAUUUCUCGAUUUCUCGCGAGUUGAGAUGAUUUAUAGGUAACAUAAUGCGUAAGAUUAUCUCUCGUAACACGUCACGGCAGGCCUUUAGUUUUAUCUGUCUUGAACCUUUGUUAAUCCGUAACAAUGUUCCAUUAAUUUUUAAACGCGUAUAGCUGAUAGAGCGUGACCACGAUAUUCGUACGAUAGUGGGCGGGGAGGGUCAACGGUACGGAUGGAUUCGUUAAUCCUAAACUUAGCAGCCUGUCCUUUUUGAUACGGUCCCGUUUCCUUUAUUUUAAUUCUUUUCCCCUUUUUUUCCUUCCUUUCUUUCUUUCUUCUCGUGGCCCUUUUGUGCAAUAAAGGAGCCGCAAAGGAUUCGGGUCAUGCUUAAAAAUACUCCACCAUGCGGAAGGGGCGGCGCGCGUUCCUUCGCGCGAGUCUUUUCAUGAAAUUUCACGAAGGCGGCUAGAAUUUUCCCUGCCCAACGGAAAACACGGAGACGGUGGCUGCACGAUGUUUAGGAUUAAUGGUUCAAUUAGUUUAUUAAUCGACACGACGAUACCUUGAGGCGCAGCUGACUCUCUCGACGGGUGUCCUUCGACCGCGUAGUCUUCGUCGCCCUCGCUGUUAAGGCGAGAUGAAAAGUGCCAUCCGAAGGGGUCAAUCGUUUCUUCCGAAGCUUUUCUCGGAUCUAGAUAUAUCUAACCGUUUGAAACUAAUACAACGUCAAUGUUAGAGGCUACGAGAAAGAUCCUGACACCUGUGAAAUUUCAUUUUUCGCGAGAAAAAAAAAGAAAGAAAAUCGAACCAGAAGUGUCUAAACAUAUUUUUCAAAUGUCGAAGUCGGUGUAAGGACCUUUCUUUACCGCCUCCAUAUUCCUGCUGUAGAGUUUGAAACGAGGCGCGCCCAAUUUGGAGGUAAUUUUCACGAACGAGACCUCUUUGACGGCACUUUCGCGUCGCCUUAACGCCUCCGGAUUGCGCCUCUGCGUUUCAGGGCCGAGGAGAGAAAACGCGAUAAAACGGGGCUUAGGGAUGUCUUGGAAUGAAAAAAGAAAAAAAAAAUGAUUAAAAAAAAUAAUGAAUUGCUUUCGUUACGGUUAAGUCGUGAAUGCAUUUUCCGUUGGAUAAACAGGAUGUCUUGGCGACUCGCGCAGGACCGGGGAUACUUCUCGCGGGAGCUCCUCCACGUGAUAUGAGGAACUCUUGCCCGAGGCUUAUUCCGGAAACGCGAUUCAGGAUGGGCGAUCGCGUUGUAUCGUUUAUUUACGUUACGUUAGUUCCGUUUCUACCCGCUUGAGAUAAAGGCAAUAUUCGGCUUAAACGAUGCCCGGCAUGGAGGAGGGCUCCCCUCGGAAGGGACAUUCUCGUGGGGAGCGAUUCUCGAUGAAGGGCCUCGUCGAGACGGAAAAUUGGACUUAGCUCAAAUGUAUGCUUCUGUCACGUUACAGGUCCGGAUAAGUCGGGGACCGAUUAUCGGCCGACCUCGCGGCACCUCGUGUAGAGGGAUCCUAAAGGGAGCAUCUCCGAGGUGUGUACCUGGCGACGCGUCGAAAUUCCCUGUCCACCCUGGGGUCGGCAACGAAUUCCGAGGCGUUCAUCUCCUGGGCCUUAGCGGGAUAGCCCGAUAAACGUUUCCCGCAACAAAGCUACGGCAAUAUUAGGGGACAGUCCUUUCGUUUCUUGUACUUAAGUCGUCGAGACUCGGGAGCCUUUCGGUGUUAUCGUUUCUCCUAGUUUAUCCCUUCUUACGCAGUUCGCCGCCCUCCACCCAAACUCGAGGUCUGGGACUCGAAUCUGGAUUUCAUGCCAUCCUUAGCCCUCCUUGCCAGUCUGAAGUCACUGACAAAUCUUUACGCGGCUCUUUACACGAAUGCGAAAUUUAUCCUGCGCAUCUAUCCGCGUGCGAGAAGAGAGAAAAAAGUAAACAUAGAAAAAUCCGCAUGGACUCCAGAAUCGGGUCCCCGGUCGCAGGAGAUAAGCGAAGGGGACGAGAGCGCGAGAGAGUCUGGACCAAAAUUGUGCAGCGUGUACAAAAUACAAAUCCAAUCUUCCGUAGUGCCCGGGCCGCGGCGAAACACUCGGACGUCAUGUGAUUUAAUAAAGACUUCGCGCAAGGGAGAGGCGCGAAGUGGGUCGGCGUUAUCAUUUUCGAUGGGGCGCAUCGGCGGUCCCCCGAAGAGUCGCUCGUUAUCAGGCUUUAAGGGAUCACUUGUAUAUAUACAUAUACGUCGUGUACAGAUUCGAGGACUAGCAGCUUCCGUAUGAGAUUAGAGAGUCGAGCCUCGUGGCAGGACUCCGUUAAUCCGGA